UGCGCGGCCUGCCUGCCCCGAGCGCCGACCCGCCAUGGCCAACAACAGCCCCGCGGUGGCGAACUGCCAGGGGCAGCAGGCGGCCCAGCACCCGCCCGGCGCCGUCCCGCCCGUGCAGCAGCCGCUGCAGAGCGGGGGCCCCAAGCCGGCGGCCUCGGGCAAGCAGGGCAACGUGCUACCGCUGUGGGGCAACGAAAAGACCAUGAACCUGAACCCCAUGAUCCUCACCAACAUCCUCUCGUCGCCCUACUUCAAGGUGCAGCUCUACGAGCUCAAGACCUACCACGAAGUGGUGGACGAAAUCUAUUUCAAGGUUACACAUGUUGAACCAUGGGAAAAGGGCAGCAGAAAAACAGCAGGCCAGACAGGGAUGUGUGGAGGGGUGCGUGGUGUUGGAACCGGAGGAAUUGUGUCUACUGCUUUUUGUCUGCUCUACAAAUUAUUUACGCUGAAGCUCACUCGUAAGCAAGUGAUGGGCCUUAUCACUCAUACAGACUCCCCAUAUAUUAGGGCUCUUGGAUUUAUGUAUAUUAGGUACACACAGCCACCUACAGAUCUAUGGGACUGGUUUGAAUCCUUUCUUGAUGAUGAAGAGGACCUGGAUGUGAAGGCAGGCGGGGGUUGCGUUAUGACCAUAGGGGAGAUGCUUCGUUCCUUCCUGACUAAGCUUGAAUGGUUUUCCACGUUGUUUCCAAGAAUUCCUGUGCCAGUCCAGAAAGCCAUUGACCAGCAAAUUAAAAGCAGACCUAGAAAAAUCAAGAAAGAUGGCAAGGAGGGGAUGGAAGAAAUAGACCGGCAUGCAGAACGUAGACGUUCAAGGUCUCCAAGGCCAAGAUCCAUCAGUCCCAGGAGGUCACCCAGAAGAUCCAGAAGCAGAAGCCACCAUCGGGAAGGCCAUGGGUCAUCUAGUUUUGAUAGAGAACUAGAAAGAGAACGAGAACGGCAGAGAUUAGAACGUGAAGCAAAGGAGAGAGAAAAAGAAAGACGGAGAUCUCGAAGUACCGAUCGCUCACUAGAACGGAGGCGAAGCAGAAGCAGGGACAGAUACAGAAGCCGGAGUCGAAGUCGUGACAGGAAAGGAGAUAGAAGAGACAGGGAUAGGGAACGAGAGAAAGAAAAUGAACGGAGUCGGAAAAAAGAGAGAGAUUAUGAUAAGGAAAGAGUUAGUGAGAGGGAAAAAGAUCGAUCUAGAGAAAGGUCAAAAGAAAGGAAAAGUAAGGGUGACACAGAGGAGAGAAGACACAAGGAUGACAAAGAUGAGAAAAAACACCGUGAUGACAAGAGGGAUUCCAAAAAAGAGAGAAAGCAUAGUAGAAGUCGAAGCCGGGAAAGAAAGCAUAGGAGUAGGAGCCGGAGCAGGAAUACAGGUAAGCGCAGCAGAAGCAGGAGCAAAGAAAAAUCAAGUAAACAUAAAAAUGAAAAUAAAGAGAAGUCAAAUAAACGAAGUAGAAGCAGAAGCAGAGGAAGAACAGAUAGUGUUGAGAAAUCAAGAAAACGAGAUCAGAGUCCCAGCAAAGAAAAAUCUAAGAAGCGUAGCAGAAGCAAAGAACGUUCCCACAAACAUGAUCACAGUGAUAGCAAGGACCAUUCUGACAAACAUGAUCGACGAAGGAGCCAAAGUACAGAACGAGAGAGCCAAGAAAAGCAACAGAAAAACAAAGAUGAGACUGUGUGAAUUCUUUCAGAAGUGGAUCACAUUGAAUCCUAUAAAUGUUUGAUUAAAUCCUGCUUAUUUUUUCUUAAAGUUGAGAUUGUGCAGUAGUUGAUGAGCACUCUUCUCCAACCUCCCUCUAGGCUGCAGAUUGUCAUUUCCUAUUUUGGGUAGGGAAGUGCCUUUGUAAACCCAUUCAAUGCAUUGACGGUUUCAAACCAUUUGUUUAGUUUAAUUUGUAAUGCGGAGAUUGUUCUUGCAUUUUUAUUGUUCAGAUGUUUCUGAAAUGUACAGUCUGUACAUAUGUCCUGAAAAUGUUUUCAUUCCUUUGGCAUGGUUGCCAUGUUGGUUAAAUUUGUAUGAGGCAAUAAACUGCCACUAAUUAUA